CAACCACACCUAAUCUCAGGCCUCUAUGACCUAUAGUUGCUGUGCUGAAGACUUUUAUUUUCAGCUGUAGAAGGACAAGAGAUAAGCACAAAUGUGAGAGUCGAAAACUACUCAGAAAGAAAAGGCAUCUUCAUGGCUUGUUUUCUUAGAUCAUUCAAAAAAACCUGGUUGUACUGUCCUGAGAAUUGGUCGACAUGGAAAGAAGUCAAGAGGCUCCAGGGCAGUCAGGGUACAAACAGGAGACCAGAGGAAUUACUGAGAUGAAGCUGGUAGUAAUAGGAGAUGGAGGUUGCGGGAAAACAUGUAUGCUCACGGUCUUUGCAAAAGGAGAAUUCCCUAAGGUUUAUGUGCCAACAGUUUUUGAGAAAUACUUCGCUCCAUUUCGCAUCAAUGACAAACAAGUCCAUAUCAGUCUUUGGGACACAGCAGGACAGGAAGAUUAUGACAGACUCCGCCCUCUCUCCUAUAACGGGGCGCAUGCAAUUAUCAUAUGCUAUGAUGUCACCAAUCCCAUCAGCUUCAACAACAUCCUCACAAAGUGGUAUCCUGAAGCAAAACAUUUCUGCAAAGGAAUUCCAAUUUUGCUUGUUGGUUGCAAAACUGACCUAAGGAAGGACAAAGUUCUAGUAAGGAAGUUACAUCAAAACCAACUGGAACCCAUCACAUACCAGAAGGGAGAGGCCUUGGCGCGGAAUCUCCAUGCAGUUGCAUAUUUUGAGUGUUCAGCCCUCUAUCAUGAAAAUAUUACUGACAUAUUCACAGAGGCUUCAAGAGCAGCUUUGAGUAGGAUGAAGAAAGAACAGCAGAGGCAAAGGCUCAAAAGGACAUGUCUCCUUACCUAAAGAUCCUUUGAGUGACUCAAUUUUUUUUGCAAAAGUUCCUACCUACCCAGAGAGACAAAAUCUCUUUGAAUAAAUUGUGCAAAAUAAAAAUAAAAAUAAAGAUGUUGGGAGACUUCCCUAACAGAGAUGGACCAAUAUGCAAAUAGAUAGAUCAAGAUUGCAUAUAUAGAAUAUCAAGCUUCCUGGAUCUAGUGGUUCAAUAUUCCAGCUGCUGCACAGCAGUUCGCCUUCAAUAGUAAAGAAGAUCAGAAGAUCAUUCUGAUAUUUAAAUCAAAAUGGAAUACUGUCAAUGAUAAUGUAGAAAACUCAUCAUAUAUUCAAAUAUUGAUUACUGUAGGCCUACACCAUGUAAUAUUGACAAUGCUUAUUGUUACAUAUCAGAGUUCAAUAGUACUUUAUUAUUUUGCUAAGACUGAAAUGUAUUUAUUAAAUACCUGGCAAUUCACUGUAGUGAUUAGUUUCAGAAAAUAAACAUUUUUUUCAGUGUUAGACAUGUUCAAGUUGUUUGCCCAUAAUGUCUUACUUGCUGCUGUUACUUGUCAUCCACAUUACACUUAUUCAAAAAGUGUUUCCUAAGAAGCUGCAAUAAUAGAUAUGAAUUGCUCAAAGUAGUUCUAAUGCAUGUCUGAAAUAUUAUUUAGGGUGGCUUCUAAAAGUAUUAUUACAAUUAUUCCAAUGUUCCCUUCAAUAGCACACAAAGAUAAAAUUCUAAAACCAUCUACUUUGGAUGUUAUGAAUAGAAAAGUUAGAAGAAACUCUUAAAGGAAUCCAUCAAAGUAAAGAACAAUGGUAUUAUCCUGUAAAGAACAAUGGUAUUAUUAUUACUUUUGUAAUAUGUGUUUUUUAUGUUAUACGCCGCCCUGAGUCCUUUGGGAGAAGGGCAGCAUAUAAGUCCAUAAAAGUCCAAUAAACCUAAACCUAAACCUAUCCUGCAGCUAGAAAUUAUGUUGAAGGCAUUUAUAUUGGAUCUUCAUUUCCACAUAUUGAAUAUAUAUAGUUAAGAUGUUCUAAUGC